AUAUACUUCUAUUCAAUGAUCAACGAAACAUACAAGUGAAUUAUGCUGAGCAUUAGGGCGAUACCUUGAUGUACUACUAAAACUACAUUGUUGAGAAAUUGCAACAACUCUCUUAAACAAGAAGUUAUUUAGAAAUGAAGUAGAAGUUGGAUAAACUUAUACUUAAAAGAGCUCUAUCGGUUCAUGGUAUCUUCUAUUUUGUACUAUAGAAAUCAGACUGGUUUGAAAACACUCACCACCAUAAUUUCUGCUAAAUAAUUAUGGGAAUAGCAUGAUUUAGGAAAAAGAUUUUUGUUUUUUUCUUUUUAUGAAUUUUUGAUUAAUUGAGUAAUAAAUUAAACUGACAAUGGUACGUUUGACGCCAAGUAUAGUUGCAAUCUUCUUGAUUGAAAAAACAAGCUCUGGAUCAAAUUUUGUUUUUCAAUGGCCACCACAGCCUCAGGUCCAUUUUCAAGAUUCGCCGAAGUCCUCUGAAGACGCUGGCAUUGCCAUGGAUAUAUUGGAGAUCGAGGAGGAUGACGACGGUCCAGAAUUUAACGGCGCUGCAGAUGAAAAUUAUGUACUUGGAUAUGAAAAAGGGUUUUUAGCAAAUAUGCUUUCUCCACGCCCCGAGCUAUGUAAUCAAAAAUUUGAAAUGUGGGUGGAUGGUCUUACAUUCUUAGGUUGCCCUGUUCAUGUUGGACCUUCUGGUGAAUGGGUUAAACGAAAGAAUCCUUCCAAAAACAUUGAGGUUUCUUCAAUGACAGAUCCAUCUGCAAUAAAGGAGGAUUCAACUAGCUAUACUUCAGCUAAUACAGCCGAUACAAAGCCGAACCAGUACAAGUCAAACUCUUCUAUGUCUCUCUUUCACGUUGUGUUUGUUUUAAAUAUUCCUACAGCAUCAGUUUACCGACCAACAAUUAACACACUAUAUGAAUGUAUCGUGAUCAAAUUGGUCACAGGUUUAAAAUACGAGCAAGCUAAACGAAACUAUGUGGAGAAUGAAUGCAAGAAUAUAAUCAAAAUGAAUGAAAGGAAUAUAAAUAAUAAGAUUAGCUUUGACGAUUUCUGCCGUGAGAUUCCUGCGCAUUCAAACCUUGCAUCGGUUUUGGUGACUACGUAUGAAGCUUUAAUUCAUCUUCAUACUGCUUAUUUGGAGAUCAAUCAAUCUAUUAACAUUACAUUGCUUUGGCCGAUGACCGUUUCUGUUUCAAGUUUGGAUAAAUUAGAGUUGCAAGAACGUUCCUCUACAAUUUUAGCAUCUCAAACCAUAUUUAAUGAGGAAGAGCCAUCUUUAAUAGAGCCAUUCGUAGCACCUUACUGGUCAUUACUUCUUUUGCAAGAUCUCGAAUCUAUUAUGAAGCGCCUUCCUCUUUCACGCAACUCCUUAUUAGCUUCAUUUAUAACAGAAGCAAGACCUACAUCCACAUUUACUGAUAUCGCUAAUUCUUUGGGUAUCUCUUUAUCAGAAUGUUUUCUUUUAGCGAAACAUCUAAUACAUUGGAGAAAAGCUAUAGCUAUCCCUCCGCUUCUAAUACGAAAUACUUAUGUUACGUCUCCAACGGCUGAUCUUUCCAAGCUUAAGUCAGAUGCCAGUCUUUUUAAAAGAACAUUUCCAAGUCUCCCUUCCCUUCCUACAUUUUUGGCCAUUUUAUCAUUUAAACCUCGAUCGUUUGGUUCUAUUAUUCCUUCCAAGGAUCAUGAAUCAACGUACAUGGAAAUGCUAGCUUGGUUGUGUCGACGCAACUGGGUUUAUGAGCAAAAUAGUUAUAUAUAUGUGUGCGUAACUCCCCAAAUUAAGGAAAAAGUUAAAGGAGACAUUGAAUCGGAAAGUACAGAAGGCCAGGAUCCGCAACUGUUAGAACAGCUUAGACAUGAUGAUGGAAGAGAGUCCCUUAUUAUUGAUCCCCAUUCGGCUUCUUUACUUGAACAAAAAUGGAUUCAAGCUAUAGCAUAUGAGAAAAAUCCCGAACUAGCCUCCUUGUUUCUUUCCGUUGUCAAGUAUUUUAACGGAAGAUAUGCCCUUCAGACGAUUUGGAUUGCUGAAGGCUUGCCUCGUAAAUCCAUGCGAAAUGUAUUAAACGAGUAUCAGCAUUACCUUAUUCGUUGGUAUUCUUGGUAAUUAAUAGUGUAGCAUUCUACACACGCUUCAACUUUUCAUAAUUUAUAAAUAAAUAUACAUUUAAAUGCUAA